AUGUCGCCUCUGUUUCACAAGUCCCUUAAAGUCUGCUUCCUGUGUGACACACCCAAACGGGAGGCCCAGCUGCGGCCCGAGGGGGAGGGGCGCGUCCGCCCGGCAGAUGGCGACAUUUACAUACAGCUGGGAGGCCCCUCCGAGGCGAGGCUCCUGGCCUGGCGUCUGGUACUACCGGCCGGUGUCUUCGAGCUGCAGAUUCUUUCUUUCGGGCCAGGACCAGGCCCCGGAGCCCCGCGGUCCCCCUGCCACGCCCGAGGCCCUUGCCGCCUCUUCUUCAGGGUCUGCUUGAAGCCGGGGGUCUCCCAGGAGGCCGCCGAGUCCCUGUGCGCCCUGGGCGCAGCGCUGAGCACGCGUGGCCCCGUCUACACAGAGCAGCCUGGAGUUCCUGCCGCUGCCCUGCCGCUGCCCGACGGUCUCGUACGUGUACCCUUCCGCGAUGCCUGGCCGGGUACCUUCUCCCUCAUCAUUGAAACUUGGAGAGAGCAGCCGGGAGAGCGGGCUGGAGGGCCCGCCUGGAACCUGCUAGCACGCGUGGCCGGCCGCAGACGCCUGGCUGCUGGGGGCCCGUGGGCCCGCGACGUACAACGCGCAGGCGCGUGGGAGCUACACUUCUCCUACCGCGCGCGCUGCGAGCCGCCGGCUGUAGGGGCCGCCUGUGUGCGCCUGUGCCGCCCGCGCAGCGCCCCCUCGCGGUGCGGCCCGGGACUGCUCCCCUGCGCGCCUUUCCCAGAAGAGUGCGAAGCCCGGCCCAUAUGCCGAGAAGGCUGCAGCCCUGAGCAUGGCUACUGUGAAGAGCCUGAUGAAUGCCAUUGCCUAGAGGGCUGGACUGGACCGCUCUGCACUGUCCCUGUCUCCACCAGCAGCUGCCUCAGCUCCAGGGUCCCAGGUCCUGCCAGUGCUGGAUGCCUUUUACCUGGGCCUGGGCCCUGUGAUGGGAACCCAUGUACCAAUGGGGGCAGCUGUAGUGAAACCUCCGGCUCGUUUGAGUGCACCUGUCCCCGGGGAUUUUAUGGGCUUCGAUGUGAGGUGAGCGGGGUGACGUGUGCUGAUGGACCCUGCUUCAACGGCGGCUUGUGUGUUGGUGGCGAGGAGCCCGACUCUGCCUAUGUCUGUCAUUGCCCACCUGGUUUCCAAGGCUCCAACUGUGAGAAGAGGGUGGACCGGUGUAGCCUGCAGCCAUGUCAGAAUGGCGGCCUCUGCCUGGACCUGGGUCACGCCCUGCGCUGCCGCUGUCGCGCGGGCUUCGCCGGGCCGCGCUGCGAGCGCCACCUGGACGACUGCGCAGGCCGCGCCUGUGCCAACGGCGGCACGUGCGUGGAGGGCGGCGGCGGCGUGCGGCGCUGCUCGUGCGCGCUGGGCUUCGGCGGGCGCGACUGUCGGGAGCGCGCCGACCCCUGCGCCUCUCGCCCCUGCGCGCACGGAGGCCGCUGCUACGCCCACUUCUCCGGCCUCGUCUGCGCCUGCGCGCCCGGCUACAUGGGCGUGAGAUGCGAGUUCGCGGUGCACCCCGACGGCGCGGACGCGGUGCCCGCGGCCCCGCGGAGCCUGAGGCAGGCCGACCCGCAGCGCUUCCUUCUGCCUCCCGCUUUGGGGCUGCUGGCGGCUGCGGGCUUGGCCGGCGCCGCACUCUUGCUUGUCCACGUGCGCCGCCGAGGGCCCGGCCGGGAUACCGGGACUCGCUUGAUGUCUGGGGCCCGGGAGCCUUCGGUCCACACGCUCCCGGAUGCACUCAACAAUCUGAGGAUACAGGACGGUGCUGGGGAUGGCCCCAGUUCGGCUGACUGGAGUCACUCUGAAGACGGAGACUCCCGAUCCAUUUAUGUCAUACCGGCCCCUUCCAUUUAUGCUCGAGAGGCAUAACCCUUCCCCUUCUCUGUCCUCGCCUGGAGUUGGAGCCCGAAUGUUUUCCUUUGCUUUGUGGUACGCG